AUGAGCAUAAGUCGUCCUCAAAUCAAUAUUUAUAGUGAAUUAGGUGUUCAAACAGGAUCUACUGUUUGUUUUCCAAGUGUUUUGGAGGCGCCUAUACGGCCAGAUCUUAUACAAAUGGUUCAUACAGCAGUUUCUAAGAAUCGACGACAGCCUUAUGCAGUAAGUGCUUUAGCAGGUCAUCAGACGUCGGCCGAAUCAUGGGGAACUGGACGAGCAGUUUCACGUAUUCCUCGUGUUUCAGGAGGAGGUACUCAUAGGGCAGGUCAGGCAGCAUAUGGUAAUAUGUGUAGAGGAGGACAUAUGUUUGCACCAACAAAGAUAUGGAGAAAAUGGCAUGUUAAAGUCAAUCUUAAUCAAAAGCGUUUUGCAAUUGUUUCCGCAUUGGCAGCAUCAGCUAUUCCUUCAUUAGUAACAGCACGAGGUCAUCGUAUUGAGAUGGUUCCUGAGAUACCAUUAGUAGUUUCGGGGGAAAUAGAGUCUCUUGAUAAAACACGUGAAGCAAUUCGUGUUUUAAAUUCUCUUAAAGCAUACCCAGAUGUUGUUAAAGUGAUUAAUUCACGCAAACUUCGAGCAGGAAAGGGCAAAAUGAGAAACCGUCGAUAUCGUCAGAGACGUGGUCCUCUUAUUGUUUAUGAAAAAGACAAGGGUAUUGUUAAGGCUUUUCGAAAUGUUCCUGGCGUAGAACUUGUUAAUGUUCGUGCAUUGAAUCUUCUUCAAUUGGCUCCAGGUGGCCAUAUUGGUCGAUUCAUUAUAUGGACACAAUCCGCUUUUGAAUUACUCGAUUCAUUAUAUGGUACAACACAAGAGCCUGCUAUUCUCAAGAAAAAUUAUAUGUUGCCAUCUAAUAUCGUUACUCAACCCGAUAUCACUCGUAUUAUUAAUUCAAGCGAAAUUCAAAUGGUUCUUCAACCUAAAGGACCCCGACAAACACGACGUAAAAUCUCUCAAAAGAAAAAUCCCCUUAGAAACCGUCGUAUUUUGCUUCGUCUUAAUCCAUAUGCUAAGGUUUCUUUAAAAAGGGCUUUGAUCGCUUCGAAAAAAAAAUCUGCAACUAAGGAAGUUGCCUCAAAAAAAUUCAUACAGAUUAUUAGAUCUGAUUAA